GGCGGGGUUUCCUUGGAGACGGAGAAGACGGAGAGCAGCACGACAAGCAGACUUCUGGUGACACAGGCCAGAUUGACCGACAGCGGAAAUUACACCUGCAUUCCGAGCAACGCGAAUCCAGCCAGCGUAAUGGUCCACGUGCUGAAUGGUGAACAUCCAGCGGCGAUGCAACACGGCGGGAGCUGCGGCGUCACGCCGACCAUUCUACUUCUAGCGACCUUUACCCUGGUGAUCUCGAAUCUGCUGAGGUGAGCUGUAUCCUCGUGAGCUGCACGACUUGGAUGGCCCCGGACUUGGAUGGUCGAGCUCGUCUCGUGGACCGAGAGAUCCGUACGUGGCACGCAGGUACCAUAGAGAUCACCGGGCAUCGUUGAAAACCGGAAAAGAAAAGAAAAGAAAGGAAAAGAAAAAGAGAAAGAAAAAAA